UCCUGGUAAACAGCUGUGGUGUCUACAUUUCUUUUUAACCUGAUUACAUAUGGUGAAGGUGUUCUGCGGGUUGACGUUACUGUCAGGUGCAAAGGGAAGCAGGAACUGUUCGGCCAGGUGCGCCGGGCCCCUCCUCCCAAAACCACGCCCCUCCUCCGUGCAGGUUGACCUGAGCGUGAAGCGCCUCACCUGGCUCACCUUACAGCCGCGUUGUGACUCCGUCCCGCGCAACAAAAAGUAAACCCGAGCGACACGAACAUGGAGCCAGGACCCCGGGGUCUGGGUCGCUGCAGGUGCUGCUUCUGGCUCGCGGUAGCCUUUGACACCGUGGGGCUGCUCGUGCUUCUCCUCGGGGUGUUCGUUAACGUGUUUUUCUACGACUUGCUCAUCUACGCAGGCGCCAUCGUUAUCUUCCUCAGCCUCAUCUGGUGGGUGUUCUGGUACUCCGGGAACAUCGAGGUGCCCCCAGCGGAGCUGGAGGAUGAUGUGGGGCUGCUGAAGAAGAACAAGGACGGGCUGAGAGGCAUCGGCGGCGCCGUGAGGCGCCUCUCCAGCCGGGUGUCCACCGGCAUCAGGAACUCCUUCCGCAGGAACGGCGCACCCUCCGGUCGCGCGCAGAAGUCAGCGCCGGGUCCCCCACAGACAAGGCAGGUGACCGUUGCCAUGGCAACGAUGGCCCCGGACAUUUCAGUUUCCCCAGAGGCAGACUGCGAGGUAGAGAUGCCUCACAUAACCACAUAACAGGCGGACAGGACCGGACUGGUUGCAGCAUUCGGCUGAGGUCCACCGGGCGCAUGCUCCACCUUCGGCUGACUCAGAUUACUGCUACAACAUGUUGUAUGUUGGUAUCAUGUGUCUGUGCGGGAAGUGAGAGCAGAUUGUAUUUCUUCUGAACGUUUACUUUCAUUCUGCUGUCUGCAUGGAUCUCGUCAGUUUGAGAUCAGUGUGUGAAGCUCCGGCUCAGGUGGACCAGUUUUAGAUGUGAAAAUAAACAUGAAUUAAUAAUAAGAGAUAUUACUGUGUACAAAUAAUACUGAUUUUACUGUGAGGUUGUUUUUGUCUAAACUUAACAGCUUGGAUAUCAUGUGCAGCGUCCUGGGUGGAUGACAUUUUAUUUCAAACAAUGAAUGAACAACGUAAUUUAAUUGAAGACAGAUGUUUUUUAUAUUUGGCUUUUUUCUGAUCAUAUUAUGCUGAAUAAGCCUGUUUGUAUGAUUGAGCUUCGUGUGAUAAAAUGUGAUUCAUUGUUAAGACUCUGAUGAAACAGGUGUUGAUCUAAAUGUCAUUCCUGAUUAAAUUAUUAUUAAUGAAA